UGGGAAGUAGGGCUCCUCUCCAUCCCAGCUGCGGUCUUGUCCACUGGGGGGCUCUCCCCACCCCCAUGUCCAUGGGUCAGUUUAGCACUGUGGCCACAGGAGUAGUCAGGAACCUUCAGCCCAAGUUGUGUUGGUCCCCACCCACUGAGCAAGGCCUGCUGCAGGGACCUCCCUCAACCCUGCUAGUUGCCCAGUUGGCUUCAGCGCUCGCCGCUGGAGCCGUGGAGCCGCUGUUGCCGGGACGGGCAAGCAUGUCUGCCAGGGAGGGAGGUGCCUUCAGGGAGCCCGGUGGGGGGAGUCCCCAGCAAUGGGUUGUUCCCUGAAGCCUUCCCCGAGGAGGUGGCAUCGGCGCUGAGGCCCAGACCGGGGCAAAAGGGUGGGCGCAGAAGGGGCUUGCGUGCCGCGCGUGACUCAGUUUCCCGGCUGCUGCCCCGCGGGACGAACAGCUGCAGCCCGGGGCGGGGCGGGGGCGCCGGCACUGGAGCCAAGCGCCCCGCGCAGUUCUUGCCUGGCACGUCCGUGUGCGGGUCGCGCGCGUGUCCUGACCGCGAGUGGCUGGGCUGGCAGCGGCGGCGUGUGCGGCGGGGGCGGGCGGCUCCGUGACGCGGCGCCGAGCGGAGUGGGCGGAGCCGGAGGGCAGGGGCGGAGCGGAGUAGUCCGCAGAGAAGCCCCUCCCGGCCGCGGCCGCCGACCCCGGCCCCCGGCCCGGCCUGGCUCUAUGGACAGGAGCUCGCUGCUGCAGCUUAUCCAGGAGCAGACCUUGGCCGCUGGCUCCCCGACCCCAGCAGCUGGACCCUGAAAACACUGGCUUCAUCGGUGCGGACACCUUCGCUGGCCUGGUGCACCGCCAUGAGCUGCCCCUGGACCCGGCCAAACUGGACAUGCUGGUGGCCCUGGCCCAGAGCAACGAGCGGGGCCAGGUCUGCUACCAGGAGCUGGUGGACCUGAUCAGCAGCAAGCGCUCAAGCAGCUUCAAGCGGGCCAUCGCCAAUGGACAGCGGGCACUGCCCCAGGACGGGCUGCUGGACGAGCCAGGACUGGGUGUCUACAAGCGGUUCGUGCGCUACGUGGCCUACGAGAUCCUGCCCCGAGAGGUGGACCGCCACUGGUACUUCUACCGGCACCGCAGCUGCCCACCCCCUGUGUUUAUGGCUUCGGUCACCCUCGCCCAGAUCAUCGUGUUCCUGUGCUACGGGGCCCGUCUCAACAAGUGGGUGCUGCAGACCUACCACCCUGAGUACAUGAAAAGCCCCCUGGUAUACCACCCCGGCCACCGUGCUCGGGCCUGGCGCUUUCUCACCUACAUGUUCAUGCACGUUGGGCUGGAGCAGCUGGGGUUCAACGCACUCCUGCAGCUGAUGAUCGGGGUGCCCCUGGAGAUGGUGCAUGGCCUGCUCCGCAUCAGCCUGCUCUACCUGGCUGGUGUGCUGGCAGGCUCCCUGACCGUCUCCAUUACUGACAUGCGGGCCCCUGUGGUGGGGGGCUCCGGCGGGGUCUACGCCCUGUGCUCUGCACACCUGGCCAAUGUCGUCAUGAACUGGGCGGGGAUGAGAUGUCCCUACAAGCUGCUGAGGAUGGUGCUGGCCCUGGUGUGCAUGAGCUCCGAGGUGGGCCGGGCCGUGUGGCUGCGCUUCUCCCCGCCACUGCCUGCCUCGGGCCCACAGCCCAGCUUCAUGGCACACCUGGCGGGUGCGGUGGUGGGUGUCAGCAUGGGCCUGACCAUCCUGCGCAGCUAUGAGGAACGCCUGCGAGACCAGUGUGGCUGGUGGGUGGUGCUGCUUGCCUAUGGCACCUUCCUGCUCUUCGCCAUCUUCUGGAACAUCUUUGCCUACGACCUGCUGGGUGCCCACAUUCCCCCGCCACCCUGACAAGAGUUCCCAGGGCCACACCAGCCAGGGCGCAGCAUCCGUGGGCCAGCCACUAGGGAGGCCUGCAUGUUCGUCCUCUGUGAAUGUAUGUCUUGAGGCUGCUUCUUCCUGGUGGGUGCAGGUGGCCCCUGUGGCCCACUGACUGCAGGCCAAGCCUUACACCAGCCCUGGCCACCCCCUCCCAGGCCUGGAGGAAUAGGACUGAUGGACUGGGCUGAGUGGUGGAGGUCCCCAAGGGUGGCCCCAGAGGAGACCCUGCCCUGGCCUCUCCCAUGAGACUUGCAGUCUGAGCCUUUUUGGAGAAUGAAUAAAUAUUUUA